AUGAAACUACCAACUGCUGUACUGUCAUCAAUCCUGCUUAUUUGUUCAGUUACUAUCGCCAAACCGAUCCGUUCCAGUAAGGCUACAAGUACCCAGUCCAACCCCUCUACAACUCCUAAUACAAACAGCAUAGACUUGGGUAGUCUUGAUUCACUUUCAGUUGACAUGAAGAAUUUGCUCAGAAAAGUCGUAAAAAAACAACGUAGUUAUAAUAAUCAAAAAGCAACAUGCGAAGAAAUAGAGACUGAAUCUUAUAGUCAGCAGAAACAAGUAAAACAUCUGGAAAUAAAAGCUGUCAAGUCCAAAAAUGCACUUUUGAAAAACAAUGGCGAUCUAAGAUACAAUGCUAAACUUCAGAAGGCUGAGCGUAAUCUUCAGAGCGAGCGUUCCAUACUUGUCAAGCUUGAAAAAUCAGAAAAGAAAUGCAAUACUCACUGUGAUCUUCUGCUUCGUGAACUGAAUAUUCUCAGAGUGAAACUCCUAAAGUAUAUUUUCGGAGGCCUUUGGGAUUCUCGACCACUUGAUGAGCAACUUUCGCGUAUCGACUCACAUCCUGUCGUUAGGAAAUAUCUUCAAGAACUAUGUGUCACUGGAUCAUCACCAGAAUGCAAAAAUAGUUAUGGUCAAGAUUCUGAUGCUGAACAAACCCCACAACAAGAGCAAGAGCAACAACAAGAGCAACAGCAACAGCAAGAGCAACAAGAACAAGAUUCACAACCAUCAUCAGUAAUACCAUCUGAAUCUCGUUCCUUUGGGCAAAUGAUCUUUUCUGGUUUACGAAAUGCUGCUUUUAAAUUUAAUGAUGGAGCUGACUUACUCUUGAAGCAAAUCAGACGUGAGAAUUAAUACGAUUGAUCCAACUGAUUUGAAUUCUAAUCUGAUCUGGCUCAACUGUUUCAACUGUCAUUCUGAUUUAAUUUACAAUAAAAUAUAAUCGUAAUUUGACAUUGGAUAUACAUACACCAUGACAUGUGUGACAUGAGUAGUAUAGAUAAGGCACCGAAUGAUACCACUUAUCUUGGCUGAUGUUCCCUGCUAAAAGUUGCCCAAAGUAUCUAAAAGUUGAUCUAGCCUGUGGCAGGUGACUUAUUCGGAAGCCAAUAAGUAACCUCUGUUCGUGUGGAAUCAUUGUUCAAUUGUGUUAUUUUCAUGUCGUAAUUGCUCCCAUUCCUUUUGAAUGUUAUCACCUGGUCACUUCUUAUAACAACAAAUGACUUUUUCAUCGAAUCCAUCUCUAUUUGGAAACCUUUGCUUGACUUGCGACAGUAUUCUGUCAUAGAUGAUGAACCUUUAUUUAAUUCGGAAUCGAUUAUCCAUGGUACUUGACAGUCUUUAAAAUGUUGUUUGAUCGAUGCUUUUGAAAUCAUGCCAUCGCAAAAUUGACACUUUGUUUAAAUCGGCACUCUUU